AAGAGGGUCCUACUCGUGGUAGGGUCACCCAGGGGAUGAUCAUUGAAAACUGGUGACCACUGAGCGUUCGUUGCUAUAGCAGUUUAUUACAUUAAGAGCCUGCAGCAGCACAGGAGUGGCACUAUCCGCCUUGAUGUGCCGUGAUUGCGCCAGCUGAAGUGCUGCUCUGCGGAACUGGAGGCGUCCGCCAUGUCGUGGAGCAUGUUCUCGCGGCCGCCGGGCUCGGCGUCGCGCAGCGCCAGCGGCCGCCGCUCGGUGGAGUCGACCGGGCCGGACCAGCAGCCGGACGAGCUCGACUGGAAGAUUCCGGUCUUCUUCCGCCAGGGCCGCCACCUGGGCAAGAUCGAGGGGACAGCUGGUGCAAAGGAGUGCUGGAGGAUGAAGGAGCGGAUGAAGACUGUGAGCGUGGCGCUGGUGCUGUGCCUCAACAUCGACGUGGACCCGCCCGACGUGCUCAAGACGAGCCCGUGCGCGCGCCUGGAGACCUGGGUCGACCCGCGUACGACGACCAAAGCGCUGGAGCUGAUCGCCGCUAACCUGCAGCAGCAGUACCAGCGCUGGCAGCCCAAGGCCAGGUACAAACAUGCUCUGGACCCGACCACCGAAGCCGUGAAGAAGCUGUGCACGUCGCUGCGGCGCAACGCCAAGGAGGAGCGCAUCCUCUUCCACUACAACGGCCAUGGCGUGCCGCGACCCACCCAGAACGGCGAGAUUUGGGUUUUCAAUCGGACCUACUCGCAGUACAUUCCCCUCUCCAUCUACGAGCUGCAGACGUGGAUGGGCGCGCCCUCCAUCUACGUGUACGACUGCUCCAGCGCCGGACAGAUCGUCGACUCCUUCAACAUGUUCGCCUCGCAGCGGCAGGCCGAGUACCACACGGUCGCCGAGGGGGGCAUGGCCUCCCUCAACAGCUGCAUCCAGCUGGCGGCCUGCGGCGCCAAGGAGAUCCUGCCGCAGCACCCGUCGCUGCCAGCUGACCUCUUCACCUGCUGCCUCACCACGCCCGUGCGCAUGGCGCUGAGGUGGUUUGUGAUCAGCAACCAGAACCAGCUGGUGUCGGGCGUGACGCUGGACGAGCUGGAGAAGAUCCCCGGCCAGCUGACCGACCGGAGGACGAUGCUGGGCGAGCUCAACUGGAUCUUCACGGCCAUCACAGAUACGAUCGCCUGGAACACGCUGCCGCGCGACGUGUUCCAACGAUUGUUUCGCCAAGAUCUUCUGGUCGCUAGCUUGUUCCGCAACUUCCUCCUGGCCGAGCGAAUCAUGAAGUCGUACGACUGCAACCCUGUGUCGCAUCCCUUCUUACCCAGCACACACAAGCACAGCAUGUGGUCGUCCUGGGACCUGGCGGUGGACGCCUGCCUCCUGCAGCUGCCGGCCAUCAUCCGUGAGAACCGACAGACGUACAACCACUCGUCAUUCUUCGAGGAGGAGCUCACUGCCUUCCAGGUGUGGUUGAGGUUCGGCGUGGAGGUGAAGCGGCCGCCCGAGCAGCUGCCCAUCGUGCUGCAGGUGCUGCUCAGCCAGGUACACCGCGUGCGCGCGCUGGACCUGCUGAGCCGCUUCCUGGACCUGGGCCCGUGGGCGGUGAACCAGGCGCUCUCGGUCGGCAUCUUCCCGUACGUGCUGAAGCUGCUGCAGGCGUCGGCGCGCGAGCUGCGCCCGCUGCUGGUCAUCAUCUGGGCCAAGAUCAUGGCGCUGGACCCGUCGUGUCAGGCGGACCUGGUGCGGGACAGCGGCCACAGCUACUUCCUGGAGGUGCUGGCCGACCCACACAUGCCGGCGCAGCACAGGACCAUGGCGGCGUUCGUGCUGGCCACCAUGGUGCGCAACUACCGGGCCGGCCAGAAGGUGGCGCUGCAGGGCAGUCUGAUCCCGUACUGUGUGGAGCAGAUGGAGGACCCCAGUCCCCUGCUGAGGAGCUGGCUGGCCAUCACGCUCGGGCAUCUGUGGCUACACAACGACCAGGCGCGCUGGUCGGGCGUGCGUGACCUGGCACACGAGAAGCUGCUCACCCUGCUGGAGGACGAGGUGCCCGAGGUGCGGACGGCGGCCGUGUACGCGCUGGGCACCUUCAUGAACGCCGUAGUGGAGCGCACCGAGCACGCCAACACUGUGGACCACUCAGUGGCCAUGGCACUGCUAAAGCACUCACUGCGGGACGGCAGUCCGAUGGUGCGCCGGGAGCUGAUAUCGGCGUUCAGCAGCUUUGUGCAGCAGUUUGAGAGCAAGUUCGUCUCGCUGGCCGCGCAGGAGGAGGAGCAGUCGGCCGCGGCCCAGCGCGAGAACUACCUGACCGUGUCGGGCGCCAGCGACUCGGCCCGGUCCCCGCAGCCGUUCAAGCGCGUCUCGUCGGCCAGCUCCCUCACCAGCAUCAGCUCGCCGGGCUCGAAAAACCGCACCAGUAUCUCAACGCACAUGAGCCUGUCGUUCGGCAGCGUCUACUGGAAGGUGUGGCACGCGCUGGGCGCGCUGCAGCGAGACCCGGACAGCCAGGUGGCGGACAUGGUGCUGCAGCUGACCCAUCAGGUCCGGCAGAAGGCGGCCCAGAUGAAGCUGAACACGCCAGUGAUGAGCGACACCGCAUCUGCCGGCUCCCCGCAACGGAGCCCGUCGGAGCCGCGCUCGCCGGCCUGGUCCCCGCUGCUGCGCAGGACCUCGCGCUCAUCGGCCGACGGCAGCCUCUCCGAGAUCCUGCCGGCCGGACACACCGACAUUCCGCUGCGCACGUGCUUCGUCGACUGGAUGGACCACUUCUACGCGCGCCCUCUGAACCUCUUCACCGAGCACUCGGAGGCGACCGAGGACGACGACGAGGCCUACGCCAAAGAGUGCAGGUUCGCAGAGAACGCGCGCGCGCGCCGUGAGGGCGAGAGAGAAGUGAGCCGGCUGCACCAGGACCGGCUGGAGCACCAGCUGAUGCUCUGCAAGCACGGUGUGGCCCCUGCCCAGCUGCGCUUCAGCCCCUACACCGGACACCUGGUGGUGGCCGACAAGAACCGCUUCAGUGUGAUCGACUACAGCAAGGGCCAGCAGCUGACGCAGCACGUCAACCACAUGCCGGGCAAGGGCAGCACGACGCGCAUCACGGGUCUGGAGUUCAUCAACCCCCAGCAUCAGACGCUGCUGCUAGUGGCGGCUGACGACGGCACUGUCAGGGUGUGGUCCGACUACAGCGAGCCGGCCACGCGCGCGCCGCUCUGCGUCACCUCGUGGUCGGCGCUGGAGCUGCACGUCUGGGACCUGCAGCGCGAGCGGCGCGUCGCCGAGCUGCCGUGCGGCGCCGACACCUCCGUCACGGCGCUGGCCUCCAACGAGUCAGAGCCCCACCUGGUGGUGGCCGGCUGCUCCAGCGGCACGGUCGGCCUGUUCGACACGCGCCUGUCGGGGCCGCAGUCGCGGGUGGGCUCGUGGCGCGAGCACCAGGCGUUCGUGGUGUCGGCUGAGCUGCGCGCCGUCGGAGGACACACGGUGGCCGUCACGGGAGAUCAGAAGGGCGACGUCAAGCUCUGGGACGCCCGGCGGCCCUCCUCCGUCAGGACGUUCCACACCGUCUCCGACGUGAUGACCAUGGCUGUGCACCCCACCGCCGACCUGCUGGCCUGCGGGUCGGUGAACCAGUACAUAUCGCUGUACACGCUGACGGGCGAGAGCCUCAACACCAUCCGCUACCAUGACGGCUUCAUGGGACAGCGCAUCGGGCCCGUCUCCUGCCUGGCGUUCCACCCAGUGCGGGUGGCGUUGGCGGCCGGCAGCACCGACUCGCUGGUCUCCGUGUACGGGCUGCCGCGCAGCUGAUGGGCCUG